UAAAAUCCUGGAUGAGCUGCAAUUUUCUGAUGUUAAACUCAGAAAAAAACGAAAUUCUUGUUCUUGGCCCCAAAAACCUUAGAGACUCACUGUCUAAAGAUAUAGUUACUCUAGAUGGCAUUAACUUGGCCUCUAGCACCACUGUCAGGAAUCUUGGAGUUAUCUUUGAUCAGGAUUUGUCAUUUAACUCCCACAUAAAGCAGACCUCCAGGACUGCCUUCUUUCAUUUACGUAAUAUUACAAAAAUUAGACACAUACUAUCACAGACAGAUGCAGAAAAACUAAUCCAUGCAUUUGUUACUUCAAGGCUGGAUUACUGCAACUCUUUAUUAUCAGGUUGUCCCAAUAAGUCCAUUAAAACGCUCCAAUUAAUUCAGAACGCUGCAGCAUGAGUACUGACAGGAACUAGAAAAAGAGAUCACAUCUCUCCUGUACUAGCUACUCUGCAUUGGCUCCCUGUAAAAUGUACAAUAGAAUUUAAAAUCCUCCUCCUCACCUAUAAAGCUCUUCAUGGUCAGGCCCCUUCAUAUCUUAAAGAGCUCAUAGUACCCUAUUACUCCUCUAGAACACUACGUUCUCUGAAUGCUGGGCUACUUGUGGUUCCUAUAGUCUCUAAAAGUAGAACAGGAGCCAGAGCCUUCAGUUACCAAGCUCCUCUCCUGUGGAACCAGCUUCCAGUUGUGGUUCUGGAGGCAGACACCCUCACCACAUUCAAGAGUAGGCUUAAGACAUUCCUCUUUGAUAAAGCUUAUAGUUAGGGCUGGAUCAGGUGAGUCCUGAACCAUCCCUUAGUUAUGCUGCUACAGGCCUAGACUAUCGGGGGAUUUCCCAUGGUGCACUGAGCUCCUCCCUUCCUCUCUCUUUCUGCACUCAUUCAUGUCCCAUUAAUGCAUGUUACUAACUUCACUUCUUCCCCGGAGUUCUUGUGCUUUCUCGUCUUGCAGGUUCUCAUGGAUCCUGGUGGAGCCUCCUGCCAUGGUCCUGCUUGACUGCCAUUGCCAAUAUCACUGAUAUUAAUGUUAUAAUUUUUAUAAGUAUUAUUAUUGCUACGGUUACUGUUGUUGCUGUUGUCACUGCUCAUUGUCCCCAAUCGUUGCUGUUGUCAUGUUCAUCAUCAUCAGUCACUGUUGUUUCUGAUGCAACCACACACACACACCCACCCAAUCAGAGCUCCCUGUGCUCGAGUGGUGUCAGUCACAUGAGAUAUGAAGACAGUGUGGCGCUGGAGGAGGACAGACUGCUGCACAGGAGCCUCCUCUGUGCUGCUCCACCAUGAGCUGAUGGAUCGUAAUGUUUCUGCUGUGAGAGUUUUCACUCUGUCAGCGUUCACUGAGACGCUGAAUCACAGAGUCUCCGUCUUCUCUCUGACUUUACUGUGUUACUGUGUGAUCCUGUUUAUCAAUGUCUCACUCGUAUUGACCAUUAUCUCAGACCACACCCUGCACAAGCCCAUGUACAUUUUAUUAUGUGUGUGUUGCAUUAACGGACUGUACGGGACGGCAGGUUUCUACCCAAAGUUCCUCGCCGACCUGCUGUCGUCCUCUCAGGUCAUCUCCUACGGCGGGUGUCUCUUCCAGGCGUUUGUGAUGUACUCGUUUGUUUGCAGCGACACUUCCAUCCUCGCCGCCAUGGCUUACGACCGCUACCUGGCCAUCUGUCGGCCCCUGCGGUACCACGCCGUGAUGACGAAGAGGAGGCUGUGUGAGCUGGUGUGUUUCUCGUGGUUAGUGCCUUUCUGCAUUUUCUCUGUUAAUAUCCUGCUGACGACCCAACUGACGUUCUGUGAUAUGAACAUUCAGAGGCUCUUCUGUGUCAACUGGAUGAUUGUGAAACUGGCCUGCCCCGACAUGGACACGGUUGUUAAUGAAGCAUUUGCAUUAACCACUCUUUCUAUUUAUAUUUGUCACUGGUUGUUCGUUGUUUGGACGUAUAUAUAUCUGGUUCAAACGUGCAUGCGCUCCAGAGAGGACAGGGUAAAGUUCAUACAAACGUGUGUUCCCAAUCUAAUCUCUUUACUCACUCUUUUUGUCACUGUGGUGUCGGAUCUGAUGCACAUGAGAUUCGCCUCCAAAGAUUUACCUCAAAGCUUCCAGAACUUCGUUGCUGUGGCCGUUCUCGUUGUUCCUCCUGUUAUCAAUCCGUUGGUGUACGGAUUCAAACUCACCAAAAUCCGCAGCAGAAUCCUUGUUUUGGUUCACAUGAGACAAAAAUCACCUGUUUGAUCUCUAAUGUGCACAUUUCACUGUUGAGCUGCUCCUUUAUUUCACCCUCAUCUUCAAAUGAAUCCUUUCUUUUGUUCUCAAAUAGAGUUCAGAUUGAAGCUUUAAACCUGGAGAUGACUUUAUUAUCUAUUUAUCUAUAUUUCCUGUAUUCUGUGGACGAUAUUCAGAGAGAAUAACUCAUGCUGGGUGUAUACAGAGACUCUCACUGACUACCUUCACAUGCUCCAAAUAUUCCUGUUUCUGAAUAACAUUAUAUUCCUAGUGAGCUUGGCUAAUGAAAAUGAAUAUUCCACUAUUAUUCCUGUUUACAUGCAGCUGUACAUACUCAUAUUAUAACCAAUAGGUGCAGACUGAGGCCUUGGAUGAUCUUAGACUCAAUCUUGUAGUCUUUUAUUAGAAAAUCUUCUCGCUACAAUGCAUAUUACAAUUAUAUAUGGUAAUAAUUAUAUUACAAUACAUACUUCAGGUAGUUAAUGGAUGUCUGUUCUCAUUUACCAUCCGUGCUCGAUAUUGUCAUAUCUGGAAUAAUAUUGGAAAAUGAUUCAUGCGAAUGAAUGAAUUUGACAUGGAAAUAAAAGUGAAAUUUACCCAAAAA